AUGGCAGUAUCUACGGCGUAUAGGAUAGAACCAUUCCCAGUAGUAAAACGUCUCCAGCCUGAUCUCGUUCUGCAUUUGAUCAACCGAGGACUGGUUGUCACGAGCAAAGUUCUAGCCAGAGUUUCAACCGACAAUAUUAUUCUAAAUGCAUUUUUACCAGAAAUUCACCAGAGUCUGCUCAAGACUUUAGAUGCACUUCUGUUUUGUGCAAAUGAACAUAUGUUAAGCUACGCUCCAAUAAUCUGCAAAAUUAUUCUGAAUGUUUUGCAAUGGACACAGGAUAUUGAUACUCCAACGCACAGGAUAAUUCGUUUCUCAGCUUACGAGACGUUAAUCAGUUGGAUGAAAGUUUCAAGUUUAAGCAGUUUCAUAGAGCAACACACUACUGAAAUAAUCCUAUCUAUAUUGUUUGAUAUAACACCAAAGGAAUCUAAAGUCAAAUUGGAAAAUAUGAAAGCUGCCAAUAAUGAGAAGAGAGAAGAACAUCGAGGUGUUCAGGAAUUGCACAGUUUUUAUGGUUUCGGAGAGAGCAAAGAAAAAUUAUGCUGCAUAGCAUUGCAAUGCUUCCGAAAGGUGAUGUCUUCAUCUGGAAUAUUCAUGAAACCAACAAUGCAAAAGAAUCUCCAAAGAACACUUGCAGACCUAUUACUACGACUGCAAAACGGCCAAAACAACGACACAAUCUACAACAAAAGUGUGAAAUGCCGAAAACUACUUUACCAAAUAUUCUUCAGCCUAGUUUUACAUCCAAGUUCACGUUUUCCUCCACCGACACACGAAGCCGUCAUAAUAUUUUCCCAAGGAAAAACUGAUUGCGAUCACGACAUUUCGGAUUUGUGCUCCGAAGUUUUGUGCACAAUCAAAAAAAUAAUCCAGACGAAUAGUUUGAACCGGGACGAAAAUAAAGGACUUGUUUUGAACAACCAGGAGGAAGAAUCUGAUAAAAUUCCUAAUGAUACAUUUUUGGUACCACCGGUGGAAGAACCUAUAGUGCUAGAUAGCACUGAUUUAUCAGCCAGUGAUGCUGAGAUGGACACAAAAGAAAUAUGUACUUCCCAAGAGUCCAUCGAAACCCUGAACAACUCUGAUGUUCUCCCGAACUCCCAAACCUCUGUAUCUUCAGCAGAACCUGUGAUUAUAACAUCAGUCAACAAUUGCAAUGGUACGGCUACAAAUAACGUUGAAGAAGAUGAUGAUGGUCCUUUACUGGUGAUUCCAAAUGAUGAUGAAGACACUGCCAAAAAAGUUGACGAAAUUCCUGAAGUUCCAAUUAAAAGACAAAAGUUGGCAGAGGAUGUGGUUUUGCCGAGUUGCGAAGAAAUUGUGGCGGCUGUUAAACAGCAGAACCAUGAUAAGGAAAAUGAUGUCCAGGAAGCCAAAGGUGAUGAAAUGGUGCUGGAGAAUAAUAGUUUGUUUAAGAUCGAGAAAGUUGAAACAGUGUCAGUUGCUGCUUUCGACGAUUCUAAGUCUCGUCACGACUCUUCGACGAUUUCUGAAAAAUUGGCAGAUAAUUCAGUUGGAAAUUUGUCAGUGGAAGAGAUGAUGUCCAGUUUUGUGAGUGAAAUCAAUGAUGAUAUAUAGAUAAAAUUAGUUGUAUCAAACAUCGUUAAAAUGCUAAAUCUUAGAUUUAAUUUUUAUAUUUAUAUACAUUCUCUAAUCCGAUGGGAAUGAAUGUGAUCGAGAGGUUAUUUUGGAGGGUCAUUGGAGAUAUUUGGAAGAAGAAAUCAAUUAUAAAAAUUUUCUUUAGGUUAUUUCUAUUCCGAUAUCUCGUGUGCAUAUUUAGAUUUAAGGAUAAAUGUUUGCUUUCCAUUUUUAAUAACGAGAUUAUUUAGUUCAAGAAUUUCAAUGUGAUUUUGAUUUUGAAUAUUAAAUUAUUAAACUCCAUGACUAUACACUAGAUAGAAAGGAGGUCAAUGUUAUCAAAGUUGAUGACAUUUUGUAAAAGGUU